AUGUCUGGUCCCGUUGCCUCGAAUUUGGUGCUGCUGGGUGACCUGCCUGCAUGCGCGCAGGGCAACAAAGUCCGCUUUCUGGGCUGCAUCGAUGACUACGUCACUGAGACCGCAACACUGCGCCUUAAGCACAACUACCCGACAUCCAGCCCGCCCGUCAUCGCGAACCUCGAUGUCCAACACGUACUGGAGCGCAUCAAGCAUCUCGACGUAGACAUCGGCACAUGGCUCAACGUCAUCGGCUAUGUCGAGCGCAGGAAGGAGCAGGGCGUCUUUGUACAGGCCGUCACUGUCUGGAAUGCCGGCAAUGUCGACCUCAAGGCGUAUGAGAAGGCCGUUGAGGCGCGCAAGGCCGUUGCAUAAACGUCGCCAGGCUCAUGUAUUAUGCUCAUGCACGCUCACCCAAGCAACGGUCAUAGUAUGAUUGUGCAACACCAGUAUCUAACACCAGAUGUGAGGUUCUCGCUGCAGGACUUUGCCAAAUUCAGGCUUGUUUGACAGAUGGAGAAUUCAAUCAUGAAUAUGGUGGGACACUACAAACAACGCAGUCUGAGAUCAAAUCACUAUACUGCCCGAAAACAAACACUUGAAACGAUUGAUUCCACCGUCCUAUCC